AUGCGGCCUCUUAAGCGCCUACUGCGGCGUGUCCAUGCCAAAGAGAAACAUCAAGAAUCCACUCCAGCAUCAGUUGUCGUGGCUCAAUCCGAACCACGAAGCGUUUUUGCCCAUUUCGUUGUCGGAAAUGCUGUAACGAUGACCCCGGAGCAAUGGGAGUUCGACAUCAUAGAAGCCCAAAAAGCCCACAUAGAUGGUUUUGCAUUGAAUGUUGGCCCCCAAGAUAGCUACACGGACAAUGUUGUCCAUAAAGCGUUUGCAGCGGCAGAAAAGCUGGGCAACUUUUCACUCUUUCUCUCCUUUGAUUAUGGGACUGCCGGGCCCUGGCCGGUAGAUCGGGUCAUUAAUACAGUCAAUCAGUAUAAGUGCAGCUCUGCCCAUUUCUACUACCAGGGGAAACCCUUGGUGUCGACAUUUGAAGGUACACAGAGUGUCGACGACUGGCCGCGCAUCAAGAAUGCCACCGGUUGCAUAUUUGUUCCCACAUGGACUAGCCUGGGUCCUUCUGGGAUUACCAACACUUUCCACGUCGUUGAUGGCGCCUUUAGCUGGGAUGCUUGGCCUGUCGGGGCAGACAAUAAGGAUACCACAAGCGAUGAAGCGUGGGUGAAAGCGCUUGCUGGCAGGCCUUAUAUGAUGCCUGUUUCUCCGUGGUUCUAUACCAAUCUUCCUCAGUGGCAGAAGAAUUGGCUGUGGCGUGGUGAUGAUUUGUGGCACUAUCGCUGGCAGCAGGUUAUGGAGAUGCAGCCUGCUUUUGUGCAGAUCAUUAGCUGGAACGAUUACGGGGAAACACACUAUAUUGGGCCGAUUUAUGAACCUGGCAUUCCCGAAGGUGCAGCAAAUUAUGUUUCCAACCACUCUCAUGAUGCGUGGAGGGAGUUACUACCGCACUAUAUCGAUGCCUACAAGACACGGAAUGGAACUAACACGACCACGCAUCGAAUGGCCGGUACCAAUGUGCACAACCCCAAAUACCCUGCCUCUUACGGAGAGAAGAUCAGUUACUGGUAUCGGAGAAACCCGAGCACUUCUGGCAGCCACAGCGGCACAACUGGCAACAAUCCAGCCAUGGGCCAGAAGGAGCUGAAUCCAGGACAGGUCUCGCAGGACCGCGUCUUUGUCACUGUGCUGGUGACCGCCCCGAGUGUUGUUCAGGUCCAGAUCGGAGAUCAUGCGCCGACCGUGCUUCGUGCAUGCACGGCCGGCAUCAAUCAUUUUUCAGUCCCUUUCAAUGGACAGACAGGGCCCGUGAAGGUGGCUAUCAUGCGGGGUGGACACGAGAUCGCCGCGACGACCGGUCCUGCUAUCACGGAACAAUGUGUCGACGGGAAAAUCAACUGGAAUGCGGUCACCUUUGCUAUCCCUCAACACUCCAACAUGGCUUACCGCUCAGCCGCUCCUUCAACCGCCGACAAUGGCACCAUCAAGCCAGAGGACUUCUCCCAGCCGUACUGCGACUUCAUGGCUGACAACCCAACCAUAUUCCAUGCCGUCAACGCCUUCGCCAAACAACUCGAGCAACACGGCUACGAACAACUCCCCGAGCGCGAUGUCUGGACAGGCAGGCUGAAGCGUGGAGGAAAAUACUAUGUCACACGUAACAGCAGCUCUCUCAUUGCAUUCGCUGUUGGUAGCGAAUACCAGAGUGGAAAUGGCCAUGCCAUCGUGGCUGGUCACGUGGACGCUCUUACAGCCAAAUUGAAGCCUGUUUCCAAGCUACCCAACAAGGCUGGUUACCAGCAGUUGGCUGUGGCUCCGUAUGCUGGCGGUCUCGGAAAGACCUGGUGGGAUCGCGAUCUGUCGAUUGGUGGCCGGGUGUUGGUGCGUGACAAGAAGACGGGCAAGGUGGAGAGUAAGCUGGUUAAGCUUGGUUGGCCGAUUGCCCGCAUUCCGACGCUGGCGGAGCAUUUUGGGGCUCCUUCGCAGGAACCCUUCAACAAGGAGACGCAGAUGGUCCCCAUUAUUGGAAUUGAUAACUCCGACCUUUUCGAAGAGCAGAAGGAUGCUCCAGCUAGUGGAAUUAAGGCUGGAACUUUUGCUGCUUCGCAAUCCCCGAAGCUGGCCACAGUUAUCUCGAAGGAGCUUGCUGUUGACCCCAACCAUAUUUUGAACUGGGAAUUGGAGCUGUAUGACAGUCAGCAUGCUCAGCUUGGUGGAUUGGACAAGGACUUGAUCUUUGCUGGUCGUAUCGAUGACAAGCUUUGCUGCUAUGCCGCCCAAGAGGCCCUCCUUGCUUCCCCCGACAGUGCAUCUCCGGGCGUUGUGAAGAUCGUUGGCAUGUUUGAUGAUGAGGAGAUUGGUAGCUUGCUGCGCCAGGGUGCCAGGUCGAACCUCUUGAGCAGUGUCAUGGAACGGAUUACGGAGGCAUUCGCAACCAACUAUGGCCCCAACGUACUGGCCCAGACCGUUGCGAAUAGUUUCCUUGUUUCUUCGGAUGUCUGUCAUGCUGUAAACCCGAACUUUCUCGGAGUCUACCUGGAGAACCACGCUCCUCGCUUGAAUGUCGGCGUGGCUGUCUCUACCGACUCCAACGGCCACAUGACCACGGACAGUGUCAGCCAUGCUUUGUUGAGCCGUGUCGCCGAGCGCUCUGGUUCGACCUUGCAGCUGUUCCAGAUCCGUAACGACUCGCGAAGUGGCGGUACCAUUGGACCUAUGACUAGCGCACGCAUUGGAAUGAGAUCCAUCGAUGCGGGUAUUCCGCAGUUGAGCAUGCACAGCAUCCGUGCGACGACCGGAAGCCUGGACCCUGGUCUGGGAGUGAAGCUUUUCAAGGGAUUCUUUGACCAUUAUGAGGAGGUUGACAAGGAGUUUGCUGACUUUUGA